GUAAGGUCUAUAUGUGACCAUGUUCGGCCAGAUCGUCAAACUCUCCUCUUCUCAGCCACUUUCAAGAGAAAAGUUGAGAGACUGGCUAGAGAUGUCUUGACAGACCCUGUCCGUGUAGUACAAGGAGAACUUGGAGAAGCAAACCAGGAUGUAACACAGAUUAUUCGGCUUUUGAGUUCAAGUGGUCAUAAAUGGUCUUGGCUCGUUCAGUACCUUGUAGAAUUUAUGUCUGCUGGCAGUGUGUUAAUAUUUGUUACUAAGAAAGCUAAUGCUGAGGAAUUAAGCAAAAAUCUGGUGACCAAAGAAUUUGAAGCUCUGCUCCUGCAUGGUGAUAUGAGUCAGUUUGAGAGAAAUGAAGUUAUAACUGCAUUUAAAAAAAAAGAUAAGCCAAUUUUGGUUGCAACUGAUGUAGCAGCACGAGGUCUAGACAUCCCCCAUAUCAGAACUGUUAUUAACUAUGAUGUAGCCAGAGACAUAGACACUCACACGCAUCGAAUUGGUCGUACAGGUCGAGCUGGUGAGAAGGGUACGGCAUACACACUGGUAACAGAUAAGGAUAAGGAGUUUGCAGGACAUUUGGUACGGAACCUUGAAGGAGCUGCGCAGGAAGUACCGUCUGAACUAUUGGAACUAGCCUUGCAGAGCUCUUGGUUCCGUAAGUCUCGAUUUAAGCAAGGUAAAGCGAAGGCUCUUGGGGGACGAGGAUUAGGCUUCAGAGAACGUCCAGGACUAGGCUGUACUCCAAUCAGUGAAUCCACAGCAGGUAGUGGUGGUGGUUGUGUUGGUGGUGGAGGUGUUGGGGGUGUUGGUGCUAGUAUGGCAGUAGGCCCAGCGAGUCAGGCCUAUGGAGGUGGAGACCCCAGCAUGACCGGCCCAGCUACUAAUCGUCUUGCUGCCAUGAAAGCUGCGUUUCAUUCACAGUACAAGAAUCAGUUUACUGCAGCCAGUGCUGACACUUCAUGGACUUUAGGUGAUGCUAAGGCUGUUCAGCUCGCUCCACCACGGGACCGCAAGAGAAAGUCCAGAUGGGAUGACUAAGUGUUGAACUGCAAUUGUUUUGAUUUUUAAUAUAUAAAUUUGUAGUUCUCACUCUUAGUUACUAAACCUUAUAGAUGAAACCCAUUAUACAAAUUCAAUAAACUAAAACUAACAUCACAAACUGACAUUUCAAUUUGUAAAUUCCUACUGUUAGCCAAAAUAUGGUUUGUUUUUCAAGCUUUGACAUUUUAAGUGUGGUAACUGAAAGUGAUCGUGUUAUCCAUUUCUCCCAGCUAAGCUACUGAACUGACACAUGUCUAAGUUGGGAUGUCUGUCUCCUCAAUUGUUUAAUCCCUUUUCAUUCUUGUGAUAUAAGUGGGUCUUGAAAAGUCAGUCUGUGCUGUCGGAGUUACUGAGACAUUCAGUGUAAAGCAAAAAAUGUAUUGAAUAAUGAUAGAAAAUACUUAGUCAUUAAUGUCAGUUACAAGGAUCAAAUGGAGGAUAAAAGUUUAAUGUAUAGCUUACACAGUAGCAGUAUUUGGGGAAGAGACCAUAGGGGUAAGAAAAGUUAAUAUUCUUGGGAAAUUGAUGUAAAGUUGUUAGUAAGAGAAAUAAUAACUCGCAUGUGUAAUGUAUCUUACUACAUACGUGGAAUGUGGAGGAUGAAUGGUUGUAACAAAACUCUUAAUAAAUAAUAUGAAGAUACAAAAAAAUAUUUAAUGAAUUAUGCAACUGUGUUACAUUGUUAUAGAUUAGGUUUUAUUAAUGUUUUAAUACCGGAUUGUUUUCAGAUACAAUAAUGCCUAUAGUGACUUUUUCUGACAGUGAUGUGUAACUGCUCUCUUAGUAAUCGUCUUCUGUGAGAUAUGUAAUGGAGUGAGAUAUAAACCAGAAUUUACCUAA